CAUAAAUUUUUUAUUUGACAAUUUCUUUAAAUUUUAAAAAUCAUUGUGAAUUUAGUUCCUGAUGCUGUAUUGUUUCUUGGAAUGCCAGAUUCCUCUAAACAAUGGAAUAUGUUUAUCGAGGAGUAUUUGACGAAACUUGUCAGUUCUAAUCCCCCUGUUCCCAGAGGAAAACCAUCAAUGCAUGUUGGAAUAAACUUAGACGCUGCUGUAGAGGAGGCUGAGAAGCUUGGGAAAUCGUAUUUUAACCCUAAGCUAAUUGAGAUUGUUUUUAAAGAUGGAACACUUGACUCAAAGGGGAAACUUAAGAAAACUCCAAUACUAUCUCUUAUCUCAGAUAGAAAAACGGAAAUUCUCUCUCCUAUAGUGACCCCAGAUACAAACAUCAACACAUUCUUGAAAGAGCUGAACAACUUGGAUAUGAGUGAGAAUAUGAGAACUCGAGCUGUUUUUGUGGUUCUUUUCUCUACCUAUCUGUUUUUCUACUCUAUUAUGAAGUGGCAAAACGAUAGUGUGCCAGGCCUUUUGAUAACAUCAAAACAUCCAGAGGCACAGAAAACUACAAUAUGCAAGUUUGCAAUCAAACUUACCAGCAAUCCAAAGACGAAUGUAUCCAAUCUCUGUGGAACUAAUGAAGGAAUUUCUGAAGUUACAACUAGAUCAAGCUUCCCCAUAUACAGAGAUGACGAGGAGUCAAAAAGAAAACAUCAACCUCAUCCCACAAUCAAAUAG